AUGGAAAAGUUAAAACCUACUCUUAAAUUAAUUUAAUUAAAUAAGAAUACAAAGGAAAUGUCUCUUUAAAGAGUUUUUAAGAAAUUAAUAUAUUGGGAUGUCUACUUAUCGCGAUUUCUGAAUGACAAUGAAAGCUUAAUUUUAACCGUGAUGCUAUAUUUACCAUCCUUGAUUUUUUCGCCUAAAACCCUUAUCGCCCCAAUAUUCUUUAUCGCUUAUUAAUACGGCUACACUUAUUCUAUUAGAUAUGUGAUUUCAAUAGUUCUGUCACUAAUUUUGACUACCUUCUUUAAAAACCAUUUCAAAAGACCAAGACCCAAGCCUCGUCCAUAACUAUCUAUAGCUUUCGGUUAUAAGGAAGGCAAUUAUUCCUUGCCAAGUGGAGGUUGUGCUUAAGCUGCAACCUUCCUCUUUUAUUUUCUGAAUGCAAAUGGAAGUGGUAUAUUUUGUUAUGUAAGUAUUUUAGUAGACAUCUUUGACAUCUUGAUUGCAAUUCAUAUAAUUUUUAAUGUAAUGUUAGGUAGAGUGUAUUUUUGUUGCCACUACUUCAGUGAUUGUCAUCUUGGAUUUGUAAUAGGAACCACGAGUGCCUUCUUGAUUAACUUUUUAUUAUAAUGA